AUGUCCUCAGCCCUGGAGACCAGCUACUCUGACCUGGAGAGCAGCAGUGACGUGCCCUUUUGCUUCACGGACGACGAAGGCAGCCUCAGCAGCCUACAGGCCCCUUCCCUGGCCACCCCCAAGCGUCUCGCUUCCCCAGAGCGCGGCCUCGAGAAGGGUGAGGAAGAGAAGGACCGGAAGAGGCGGAGGGGGCGCACCAAGGUCAAGAACGAAGCUGUCCUGCACACUAUCAAGAAGACCAGGCGGGUCAAGGCAAACGACCGGGAGAGGAACCGCAUGCACAACCUCAACGCGGCUCUGGACGAUCUCAGGAGCGUCCUCCCGACCUUCCCUGACGACACCAAGCUGACCAAGAUAGAGACCUUGCGCUUUGCCCACAACUACAUCUGGGCCCUUUCUGAGACGCUGAGGCUGGCUGAUCAACGCCUCCAGAAACCUUCCAAAGAGAUGGUCCUGCCCAGCUUCUUGAGCUCCACAGACCCGCCCAGCCCUGGCAGUGACGCAGGCUCCUGGAUAUCCACUGCCUCUCCAGCCACCUCUUCCCUCUCUGCCUGCACUUCGAGCCCUGGCAGCCCGACCACCUCGGAAGACUGUUGCUAUGGGCAUACGGAGAACCUCUUCUCCUUCCGCUGCCUCCAUAAAGACUUGCUGCAGAGUACUUCUUGCUUUGUGCAGUACCAUUAG